GCUCGGCGCCAGGCUUUCUACUCUGCGGGGACGAGCGAGGUGGCGGCCGUUCUUCCAGCCACUUCCAGCCUUGCGCAAAGACAAGCUCGCCCACCACCGCCCCCUCGGUCGGCCCUAGCGCAGCAGUUGCACUCUUCAGAAUGAUUCCCUGCAAAGCAGUGCUGACUUUUGCCCGAUGUCUGAUCCGGAGAAAAAUUGUCACUCUAGACAGUCUGGAAGAUUCCAAACUAUGCCGCUGCUUGACCACCAUGGACCUCAUUGCCCUCGGGGUGGGAAGCACCCUGGGUGCUGGCGUGUAUGUCCUUGCUGGGGAGGUUGCCAAAGCUGACUCGGGCCCCAGCAUCGUGGUCUCCUUCCUCAUCGCCGCCUUGGCGUCCGUGAUGGCUGGCCUCUGCUACGCUGAAUUUGGGGCCCGAGUCCCCAAAACUGGGUCUGCAUAUUUGUACACUUAUGUUACAGUUGGUGAGCUGUGGGCCUUCAUCACUGGCUGGAAUCUCAUUUUGUCAUAUGUGAUAGGUACAUCAAGUGUGGCAAGAGCAUGGAGUGGCACCUUUGAUGAACUUCUUAGCAAGCAGAUUGGUCAGUUUUUCAGAACAUACUUCAAAAUGAAUUAUACUGGCCUUGCAGAGUAUCCAGACUUUUUUGCUGUGUGCCUUAUAUUACUUCUAGCAGGUCUUUUAUCUUUUGGAGUAAAGGAGUCUGCUUGGGUAAAUAAAUUCUUCACAGCUAUUAAUAUCCUGGUCCUUCUCUUUGUCAUGGUUGCUGGCUUUGUGAAGGGAAAUGUGGCUAACUGGAAGAUUAGUGAAGAGUUUCUCAAAAAUAUAUCAGCAAAUGCCAGAGAGCCACCUUCUGAAAACGGAACAAGCAUCUACGGGGCUGGUGGCUUUAUGCCUUACGGCUUUGCAGGAACCUUAGCUGGUGCUGCCACUUGCUUUUAUGCCUUUGUGGGAUUUGACUGCAUUGCAACAACUGGUGAAGAAGUCCGGAAUCCCCAGAAAGCUAUUCCCAUUGGAAUAGUGACUUCUUUGCUUGUUUGCUUUAUGGCUUAUUUUGGGGUCUCUGCAGCUUUGACACUUAUGAUGCCCUACUACCUCCUCGAUGAAAAAAGCCCCCUUCCAGUGGCAUUUGAGUAUGUUGGAUGGGGCCCUGCCAAAUAUGUUGUUGCAGCAGGCUCUCUGUGUGCGUUGUCAACAAGUCUUCUGGGCUCUAUGUUUCCUUUACCCCGCAUUCUGUUUGCCAUGGCCCGGGAUGGUUUACUGUUUAGAUUUCUUGCCAGAGUGAGUAAGAGGCAGUCACCAGUUGCUGCCACGUUGACUGCAGGGGUCAUUUCUGCUGUGAUGGCAUUUCUUUUUGACCUGAAGGCACUUGUGGACAUGAUGUCCAUUGGCACCCUUAUGGCCUACUCUCUGGUCGCAGCCUGUGUGCUCAUUCUCAGGUACCAGCCUGGUUUAUGUUAUGAGCAGCCCAAAUACUCCCCUGAGAAAGAAGCUCUGGGAUCAUGUGCCGAUACAGCCUCAAAAAGUGAGUCCCAAGUCAUCAUGCUGCAACAACAAGGCUUCAGCCUGCGAACACUCUUUAGCCCCUCUGCUCUGCCUACACGACAGUCGGCUUCUCUCGUGAGCUUUCUGGUAGGAUUCCURGCAUUCCUCAUAUUGGGCCUGAGUAUUCUGACCACUUAUGGAGUCCAGGCUAUUUCCAGGAGGGAAGCCUGGAGCCUCGCUCUUCUCGUGCUGUUUCUUGUUCUCUGCAUCGCCGUCAUCCUCACUAUUUGGAGGCAGCCACAAAAUCAGCAAAAAGUAGCCUUUAUGGUUCCAUUCUUACCAUUUUUGCCAGCAUUUAGCAUCCUGGUGAACAUUUACCUGAUGGUCCAAUUGAGUGCAGAUACUUGGGUCAGAUUCAGCAUUUGGAUGGCUCUUGGUUUUCUUAUUUACUUUGCUUACGGCAUUAGACACAGCCUGGAGGGUAACCCAAGGGAUGAAGAAGAUGAUGAGGAUGCUUAUUCAGACAACAUUAAUACAGCAGCAGAGGAAAAAUCUGCCAUUCAACCAAAUGACCAUCACCAAAGAAAUCUCAGUCUGCCUUUCAUAUUCCAUGAAAAGACAAGUGAAUGCUAAUGCUUUCAGGAGCAGAGCUGGUCCGUAGUCUUACAUACAUAUCCUACAUUGAAUAAACUAUGACAGGAUGUCAUCAUCAUGCUAGGUGGUCAUGGGAUUGCGACAUGCACAGUUCACCUGAAUUGUAUCUCCUCACAUGGUGAAUUAUAUGCAUGGGAAACCUCCUGAGCUCUCUUCUCAGUGAUGAAUAUCCCUAAAAUAGUGUAUGUGUGUGUGUGUAUGUGUGAAUGUAGGUAUAUGUUUGGGAACAUGAAUGUUAAAAGUUAGUUGGUGUAUUUUACCAUUAUUUUGUCACAUCACACMAGUAUUGUCAUAAUUGGUGGCAUAUACUGCAUAUACCUAAAUAGAGGUGAAUCACUGAAUAKAAAGUGUUUUGUAUGUGCCCUCUGUGGUUGGGGAAAUAAUGAUUGCUUUUCCUUAAUAGGCUUCGUUAAUGUCAGUGCAGGUACACUAAAGACGCAGUUGCCCACUAUCAUGUCUAUCACUGGUAGGGGUGAGGGGAUAAAGAAUGAGCCUUUUCUUUAAGUUGUAAAUACCAGUAAUGAGUUUAGUUCAAUUCUUUUCCUGUGUGGUACAACAGUUUGCUAACUUCAGCCAGAAGGAGCAUUUGCCUCUGCUGUUAUAUGCAGGACAGAAUGGCAUUCCAUGUCACCAGAUGGCAUCCCCUGGAACUCUUCUUUGCAAGCUAUAGUCCUUAGAGGUGAGAUACCUGCACCGUCUGCACCCUCAACCCACUGAAGUGCUUGUGAGAUGUACUGUGAUCUACUUGGGACUCUUAAAACUAAGGAGUGAGGUAGGCCCCAUGGCCUGAAAGCAGGAAUAAAUGGAAGUCACUUAAACCAGUAGAAUCUGAGAAAUGACUCAGUUGGUGGAAUAAUUCAUACAUUUUUUGUAGGACCUGAUCACAGUUCAACAUUUUUAACUAAACAGGCACAAAAUUCACUCCUCUUUUUCUAUUAUUUUGUCUUAUCCUAAGUGUGAGGGGAUACAAUAGCAAAUUCUACCUUUACAACACCAAGUAGAGGAAAAGAUGCAAGAAAGUAAGAAACAACUCCCCUAUUCUGAUAUUAAAGUGCCUGUUUGGAUAGUAAAGGGCAUUUGACCCAGUUUAAGGAGUUAAGAUCUAUUUUGAUUCUGUUGUUUCUUUUGGAAGCACUUAGGGAAGUCUCCCACCCUGCUCCCCAAUAAAUCUUUUAGCACUUUUUAUUGCCUUUGCUUUUAAAUGACUGUUAGUCAUUUAAACUAUUAAACUAUUAGUACCAGUUCCAGUGUUUCACAAUAGCCAUCAAUAAGUGGGGAAUUCUUUUGAUUAAGAAUGUAAUUACUUAAAG